AUGGCGGCCGCGGGGGCACCGGCCGGGGGCGGCGAGUGAGGGACGGGGGCGACGCGGCCGCGGUGCCGCGUCUGGGGGGGGGGGCGGCUGCUGGGCAGGGACAGCGGCAGGGGCUUCGGAGGAGGCGGCCGGGGGUGUCCCGAAGCUCCGCAGCGGGGAUGAGGAGUCGGGGAGCCGGGUCAGGGAGCCGGUGAGGAAGGAGCGGGGCUGCUCCGUAUGCGCGGCUGCCCGGCGCCUCUCGCCGCCCCGGAGUCGGGGCGUAGUUCGGCGGCCCGGCGGAGGCGUCGGAGGAGCCGCGGCGGCUCUGGCGGGGGCAAAGGAAGGCGCACAGGAGGUACUGAAACAGCUACAAGGAAGCAUUGAAGAUGAGGCAAUGGCAUCUUCUGGACAAAUUGACUUACUGGAACGUCUUAAAGAACUGAAUUUGGAAAGCACCAGCUUCGCUGGGGUGAAGCUAAGGCCAAAGAUGUCUGUGCGUUCAUAUGGGAGCCGGGAAGGGUCUGUGUCGAGCCGCUCAGGGGAGUGCAGUCCAGUCCCCAUGGGAUCAUUUCCAAGAAGAGGCUUUAUGAAUGGAAGCAGAGAAAGCACUGGUUACUUAGAAGAGCUAGAAAAAGAGAGAUCUCUGUUGCUUGCGGAGCUUGAGAAGGAAGAGAAAGAAAAGGACUGGUAUUAUGCCCAGCUUCAGAACCUAACUAAAAGGAUUGAUAGUCUCCCCCUUACUGAAAAUUUCUCCUUGCAAACAGAUAUGACCAGAAGGCAGCUGGAGUAUGAGGCCAGGCAGAUCAGAGCUGCAAUGGAAGAACAACUGGGCACUUGUCAGGACAUGGAGAAGCGAGCACAGGCAAGGGUGGCCAGAAUUCAACAAAUCGAGAAGGACAUUCUUCGUAUACGACAGCUCCUGCAAUCACAAGCAGCUGAAGCAGAGAGAGCUCCUCAAAGCAAGCAUGAGGCAGGUUCCCAUGAUACAGAGAGGCAGAAUGAAGGUCAAGGAGCAGCAGAAAUCAGUGUGGCAACCAGCAGUACUGGUCAGGCUUCUGCUGCUCGAGUGGACCAUGAGACAGCCAGUGUUAUGAACUCUAGUAGUAACUAUUCUGUUCCUCGCAGACUGACAAGUCAUCUGGGUACCAAGGUAACCGAAGAUUACAAACCACAGGUGGAAAUGGUGUAUUCAUUGUUAUCAAUGCUUGGUACUCAUGAUAAAGAUGACAUGUCAAGAACAUUGCUAGCAAUGUCUAGCUCCCAGGACAGCUGCAUAGCCAUGCGUCAGUCUGGAUGUCUUCCUCUCCUCAUCCAGCUUUUACAUGGCAACGAUAAGGACUCUGUGUUGUUAGGAAACUCCCGUGGUAGUAAAGAGGCCCGUGCCAGAGCCAGCGCAGCGCUGCACAACAUCAUUCACUCCCAGCCCGAUGAUAAGCGAGGCAGACGGGAAAUCCGUGUGCUUCAUCUCUUGGAGCAGAUCCGUGCUUACUGUGAAACAUGUUGGGAAUGGCAGGAGGCACAUGAACAAGGCAUGGACCAAGACAAAAACCCAAUGCCUGCUCCAGUGGAUCAUCAGAUUUGUCCUGCAGUAUGUGUUUUGAUGAAACUUUCAUUUGAUGAAGAACACAGACAUGCAAUGAAUGAGCUUGGAGGUUUGCAGGCCAUUGCUGAACUGCUGCAAGUGGAUUGUGAAAUGUAUGGACUUACAAAUGAUCACUAUAGUGUUACCCUAAGGAGGUAUGCUGGCAUGGCUCUGACAAACCUGACUUUUGGAGAUGUGGCAAACAAGGCUACAUUAUGUUCCAUGAAGGGCUGCAUGAGAGCUCUUGUAGCCCAGCUGAAAUCUGAAAGUGAAGACUUACAGCAGGUCAUUGCAAGUGUGUUGAGGAACUUGUCCUGGCGAGCAGAUGUAAACAGUAAAAAGACUCUAAGAGAAGUUGGAAGUGUGAAAGCAUUAAUGGAAUGUGCUUUAGAAGUUAAGAAGGAAUCCACCCUGAAAAGUGUUCUGAGUGCCUUAUGGAAUUUGUCAGCUCACUGCACUGGGAACAAAGCUGACAUAUGUGCUGUUGAUGGUGCUCUUGCAUUUCUGGUUGGCACACUGACAUACCGGAGCCAAACAAAUACUUUAGCCAUCAUAGAAAGUGGAGGAGGAAUACUAAGAAAUGUUUCUAGCCUAAUUGCUACUAAUGAGGACCAUAGGCAAAUCUUGCGAGAGAACAGCUGCUUACAAACCUUGUUACAACACUUGAAGUCACACAGUUUGACAAUAGUUAGUAAUGCAUGUGGGACCCUGUGGAAUCUCUCUGCUCGAAAUGCAAAGGAUCAGGAGGCACUGUGGGACAUGGGAGCCGUGAGCAUGCUGAAAAACCUGAUUCACUCAAAACACAAAAUGAUAGCCAUGGGUAGCGCCGCAGCUCUACGGAACCUCAUGGCAAACAGGCCAGCAAAGUACAAAGAUGCCAACAUUAUGUCUCCAGGAUCAAGCCUCCCAUCUCUCCAUGUCAGAAAGCAAAAGGCACUGGAAGCAGAAUUAGAUGCUCAGCAUUUAUCAGAGACUUUUGACAACAUUGAUAACUUAAGCCCGAAAGCAUCUCACCGCAAUAAGCAGAGACAUAAGCAAAAUGUGUACAGUGACUAUGUCCUGGACGCCAGCCGCCAUGACGACGGGGUAUGCAGGUCAGACAGCUUUAAUGCUGGCAAUAUGACUGUGCUCUCACCAUAUGUAAAUACUACAGUAUUGCCUGGCUCCUCCUCUUCCAGUAGAGGAAACGCAGAAAAUUCUCGAUCUGAGAAAGACAGGAGUGUUGAAAGGGAUCGAACAGUAGGUAUAAAUACCUAUCAUCAAGCUGCAGAAAGUACUGGGAGUUCCUCUAAGAGAAUAGGAAUGCAGAUUUCUACUGCUGCAGCUCAGAUUGCCAAAGUUAUGGAAGAAGUAACAAGCAUGCACGUUCCACAGGAAGACAGAAGUUCUGGCUCCACUUCUGAAAUACACUGUUUGACAGAAGACAGAAAUGCCCAGAGGAGAUCAGCUUCUGCCCAUACUCACUCAAAUACAUACUUUCCAAAAUCCGAGAACUCAAACAGGACAUGUCCUGUGCCUUAUACAAAAAUGGAAUACAAAAGAGCUUCAAAUGAUAGUUUAAAUAGUGUCAGCAGCAGUGAUGGCUAUGGUAAAAGAGGCCAAAUGAAACCUUCCAUUGAGUCUUACUCUGAAGAUGAUGAAAGUAAAUUCUGUAGUUAUGGCCAAUAUCCCGCUGACUUGGCACACAAGAUUCACAGUGCAAAUCACAUGGAUGACAAUGAUGGAGAACUAGACACUCCUAUUAAUUAUAGUCUUAAAUACUCAGAUGAGCAGUUAAAUUCUGGAAGGCAGAGUCCUUCCCAGAAUGAAAGAUGGGCAAGGCCUAAGCAUAUAAUAGAUGAUGAAAUGAAACAAAAUGAGCAAAGACAGUCAAGGAACCAAAAUGCAGCCUACCCUGUGUAUUCUGAAAGUGGAGAGGAUAAACACAUGAAAUAUCAGACACCAUUUGGACAGCAGGAGUGUGUUUCUUCCUUUAGAUCAAGAGGAUCCACUGGCUCAGAUCAGAAUAGAGUAGGUCCAACUCUUGGAAUGAAUCAGAAAGUAAACCAAUCCUUGUGCCAGGUUGAUGAUUAUGAUGAUGAUAAGCCAACCAACUAUAGUGAACGUUAUUCUGAGGAGGAACAACAUGAAGAGGAAGACAGACCAACUAAUUACAGCAUAAAGUACAACGAAGAGGAACAUCAUGUUGAUCAGCCUAUUGAUUAUAGUUUAAAGUAUUCAACAGAAGUUCCAGCACCUUCUCAGAAGCCAUCUUUUACUUUUCCAAAGACUUCUUCAGUGCAACUCAAUAAAACUGACCAUAUUCCCCCAAGCAGUGGGAGCACAUCAGCCCCCUCAGCUGGUUCAAAGAGGCAGAACCAGCUUCACCCAAGCUCUGCACAGAGCAGAAGUGGUCAUGCACAGAAGAACGCCUCCUGUAAGACUCCCUCAAUUAAUCAGGAAACUAUACAAACUUACUGCGUUGAAGAUACCCCGAUAUGUUUUUCAAGGUGUAGUUCUUUGUCAUCCUUGUCAUCAGCUGAAGAUGAAAUAGGACGUGAUCAAUCCGCACGUGGCACAGAUGCCAAUAACACACUGCAGAUUGCAGAACUGAAGGAGAACAGCGGGGCUCUACCUACAGAAGGUGCAGCGAGUGAAAUCACAUCAACAGCACAACACAUCAGAACAAAAUCCACUAGACUUCAGACUUCUAGCUUGUCUCCUUCUGAUUCCUCUAGACAUAAAGCUGUUGAAUUUUCUUCAGGUGCCAAAUCUCCCUCUAAGAGUGGUGCCCAAACUCCUAAGAGCCCACCAGAACAUUAUGUACAGGAAACACCACUCAUGUUCAGCAGAUGUACUUCUGUAAGUUCCCUGGAUAGUUUUGAAAGCCGUUCAAUUGCUAGUUCAGUUCAAAGUGAGCCUUGCAGUGGAAUAGUAAGUGGUAUUAUAAGUCCCAGUGACCUUCCAGACAGCCCUGGACAAACAAUGCCUCCAAGCAGAAGUAAAACACCACCACCUGCUCAAGGAGUCCAAGUUAAAAGAGAAGUACCUAAAGGAAAAGCAACCACUACAGAGAAGAGAGAGCCUGGUCCUAGACAGGCAGCUGUAAAUGCAGCUGUUCAAAGAGUUCAGGUACUGCCAGAUGCUGAUACACUAUUACAUUUUGCCACAGAGAGCACACCGGAUGGGUUUUCUUGCUCUUCUAGCCUGAGUGCUCUGAGCCUUGAUGAGCCUUUUAUACAGAAGGAUGCAGAGUUAAGAAUUAUGCCUCCAGUUCAUGAAAAUGAGCAUGGAAACGAAGCAGAACCUGAACAGUCAAAUGAUACACAGGAUAACCAGGAGAAGAAACCAGAGAAGCCAGCUGAAGCAGAAAAAGACAUUCUGGAUGAUUCUGAUGAUGAUAUUGAAAUACUGGAAGCGUGUAUUAUUUCUGCAAUGCCAACAAAGUCUUCACGUAAAGCCAAAAAGCCUUCUCAAGCAUCUGCUCAAAAAAUACCUCCUCCUGUAGCCAGAAAGCCCAGCCAGUUGCCAGUUUACAAACUUUUGCCUUCACAAAGCAGAUUGCAAUCACAAAAGCAUGUGACUUUUACACCAGGAGAUGAUAUGCCACGGGUAUAUUGUGUUGAGGGUACACCAAUAAAUUUUUCAACAGCUACAUCUCUGAGUGACCUGACAAUAGAAUCCCCCCCAAGUGAGCUGGCCAAUGCAGACAAUGUGGGUGUGGGGGCAGAGUCAGGGGAGUUUGAAAAGCGGGACACCAUUCCUACAGAAGGCAGAAGUACUGAUGAUUCUCAGAGAGCAAAAAGCUCAGCUGUGAUUCCCCUUGGCCUGGAUGAUGACAAAACAGAAGAGGGUGAUAUUUUGGCUGAGUGCAUUAACUCAGCUAUGCCAAAAGGAAAAAGUCACAAACCUUUCAGAGUGAAGAAGAUAAUGGAUCAAAUUCAACAAGCAUCGUCAUCUCCAAGUAAUAAAAACCAACCAGAAGGUGAGAAAAAGAAGCCAACAUCACCAGUAAAGCCUGUUUCCCAAAAUAAUGAAUACAGAGCACGUGUGCGAAAAAGCAUAGAACCCAAAAGCAAUGCUAGUAAUGAAAGAAGCUAUCCAGAGAACAGAGAUGCAAAGAAACAGAACCUUAAAAAUAAUUCAAGAGAGUUUAAUGACAAAUUGCCAAAUAAUGAAGAGCGUGUAAGAGGAAGCUUUGCAUUUGAUUCCCCUCAUCAUUAUACACCGAUUGAGGGAACUCCUUACUGUUUUUCACGGAAUGAUUCCCUGAGUUCUUUAGAUUUUGAUGAUGAUGAUGUUGACCUUUCAAGGGAGAAGGCAGAAUUAAGAAAAGGAAAAGAAGGAAAGGAAAUGGAAAGUAAAGAGUGCUCUAAUGCAGAACAGUCUUCAAAUCAGCAGCCAAGUAACAGGACACAAGUUUGUCAAAAACACCCAGCGGGCAGAAGCCAGACAAAAACUUUCUCUCAGUCAACUAAAGAUAUUCCAGACAGAGGUGCAGCUACAGAUGAGAAAAUGCAGAAUUUUGCUAUUGAAAACACACCUGUUUGUUUUUCUCGCAAUUCGUCUCUUAGCUCCCUCAGUGAUAUUGAUCAAGAAAACAAUAACAACAAAGAAGGGGAACCUGCAAAACGUCCUGAGGCUCCUGAGCCACAAGUGGAAUCCAACAGACCACAGACUUCUGGUUAUGCACCUAAAUCAUUUCAUGUUGAAGAUACUCCUGUGUGCUUCUCUAGAAACAGCUCUCUGAGUUCUCUUAGCAUUGACUCAGAAGAUGAUCUUCUGCAGGAAUGCAUUAGUUCUGCUAUGCCUAAAAAGAAAAAGCCCUCAAGAAUGAAGAGUGAUGGUGAAAAAAAUAAUUCCAGAAACACAGGUGGUAUACUAGCAGAAGAUUUAACACUGGAUUUAAGAGAAAUACAGAGGCCAGAUUCAGAACAUGGUUUUUCACCUGAUUCAGAAAACUUUGACUGGAAAGCUAUACAAGAAGGUGCAAAUUCUAUAGUCAGUAGCUUGCAUCAAGCUGCAGCUGCUGCAUCACUGUCUAGACAAGCUUCAUCAGACUCUGACUCUAUCCUUUCAUUAAAAUCCGGUAUUUCUCUAGGGUCACCAUUUCAUCUUACCCCAGACCAAGAAGAAAAACCUUUCACUAGUAAUAAAGGUCCAAGAAUUAUUAAGCCAGGAGAGAAGAGUACACUGGAGUCUAAAAAAGUAGAAUCAGAAAGUAGGGGAAUCAAAGGAGGGAAGAAAGUGUAUAAAAGUAUGAUCACAGGAAAAGCACGCUCUAAUUCAGAAGUUUCAAGUUUGAAGCAACCACAACAGACAAGUGUGCCUUCAAUUUCACGUGGUAGAACAAUGAUCCAUAUUCCAGGAGUUCGAAAUAGUUCUUCAAGUACUAGUCCUGUUUCCAAAAAAGGACCCCCACUCAAAAACAUGAACUCCAAGAGUCCCAGUGAAGGCCAAAGUUUGACUAAUUCUCCAAGAGGAGCCAAAUCAUCAGUGAAACCUGAGCCAGCUCCUGUGACUAGGCAGCCAUCAGGGUUGAACCAGAGUGGAUCAAGUAAAGGACCUUCUAGAUCAGGAUCUAGAGACUCCACUCCUUCCAGACCUCAGCAGCAGCCAUUAAGUAGGCCUCUGCAAUCUCCUGGCCGAAACUCCAUUUCCCCAGGAAGAAAUGGUAUCAGUCCUCCCAACAAACUGUCACAGUUGCCAAGAACAUCAUCUCCCAGCACAGCUUCAACUAAAUCCUCAAGUUCAGGUAGAAUGUCAUACACACCACCGGGCAGGCAGAUGAGCCAGCAAAACCUUACAAAGCAAACUGCCUUACCUAAGAGUACCAGUAGCAUUCCACGAAGUGAAUCUGCUUCAAAGGGGUUAAACCAAACUCUCAGCACUGGUGGAUCAAACAAAAAGACUGACCUAUCCAGAAUGCCAUCCACAAAGUCUAGUGGAAGUGAAUCUGACAGAUCUGAGAGACCUGUUCUCGUUCGUCAGUCAACUUUUAUUAAAGAGGCUCCGAGCCCAACUCUGAGACGGAAAUUAGAAGAGUCAGCUUCAUUUGAAUCGCUGUCGCCUUCCAGGCCAGAUUCUCCCACAAGGUCCCAACUACAGACCCCAGUUUUAAGUCCUUCUCUUCCUGAUAUGUCUUUAUCCACUCAUUCACCUGGCCAGAGUAGUGGUUGGCGAAAAUUAGCCCCUAAUCAGAGCCCUACUACAGAAUAUGAUGGGAGACCAGCAAAGCGUCAUGACAUAGCUCGUUCCCAUUCUGAGAGUCCGUCUAGGCUGUUGAUCAACAGAUCAGGAACGUGGAAGCGUGAGCACAGUAAGCAUUCCUCAUCACUUCCUCGUGUAAGCACUUGGCGGAGAACUGGAAGUUCCUCCUCAAUCCUGUCAGCUUCUUCAGAAUCCAGUGAAAAGGCAAAAAGUGAAGAUGAAAAGCAGCUUGGAGGUUCUCUCCCUGGACACAAGCAAAGUAAAGAAAGCCAAGCACCAGCAAAAGGUACUUGGAGGAAAAUAAAAGAAAACGAAAUUCCUCAGAUAAUGAAUGAUCCGCAGCAUUCUUCUUCAGGUGCCACAAAUGGCUCUGAUUCCAAAACCCUCAUCUAUCAGAUGGCUCCAGCUGUCUCUAAGACAGAGGAUGUGUGGGUGAGGAUAGAGGACUGCCCAAUUAACAACCCUCGAUCUGGAAGGUCCCCAACUGGAAAUACUCCCCCCGUUAUUGACAGUAUUUCAGAGAAAGGGGGUGUGAAUGGUAAAGAUCCUAAAGAGAUUCAAGAAAAGCAAACCCCAGGGAAUGGAGGUGUUCCUGUUCGUACCGUUGGCUUAGAAAACCGUCUGAACUCUUUCUUUCAGAUAGACAGUCCAGACAAGAAGGGCGCUGAAACAAAGCCUCUGCAGAAUAAUCCUGUUCCUGCACCAGAAAUUAACGAAAGUACUGUUAGCGAACGUACUCCAUUCGGUUCCAGUAGCUCAAGCAAGCACAGCUCCCCCAUCGGUGCUGUGGCAGCAAGGGUGACUCCUUUCAACUACAACCCAAGCCGUAGGAAGAGCAGCGUGGACAAUAGCUCUGCUCGACCCUCACAGAUACCAACCCCAGUGAAUAAUAGCACCAAGAAACGUGACACCAAGUCUGAAAACACUGACUCCAGUGGAACACAAAGCCCUAAACGUCACUCUGGCUCUUACCUGGUAACUUCUGUUUAAGUGCAACAAAAAAAAAAAAAAAUAACUGAUGUAUUAUAUACAGCAGCUACUUAGAAACUUUGUUUCAAAUGAAACAAAAAAAAUGGGGAUUGAUUUUUUGUUUGUUUAUUUUGUUUUUAUUUGUUGUAAAUAGCUUUGAUUCUUGUUAGAUGGUCCUUGUUCUGGAAGCCAUAUUUGAUAGUAUACUUUGUCUCCACUGGUGAUAUUUGCAGGAAUACCUGAUUUGACAGUUUGGAAUAAAAUUGCUAAAGCAAGUGUAUUUGUAUAGUAUGUUUAACAUGUAUUCCCAUGUUUAACAUGCAUCUCAUCCCAUUAUCCUUUGAAUAUUGCUUGUCGUUGAAAUCAUAGAAUAGCACAAUAGAAAUGAUGCAGUCAUAUUGCUUUACCAAUAAUUUCUAGAUUACAGACCAACUAAACUACAUCAGGGAAGAAUUGGUAUUAUUUAUGCAAAAAAAUACGCUCAUGUUUAGUAUUUGUGAGUUCAUCUAACCCAAUAACUAAUCAUGUGGCUGUGAAAUUCACAGUAAUAUGGUUUCCGCUGAACAAGCUUUCCCAGUCUGCUUUUCUGCAUGAAUGGAACUGAUGGUUCAUUUUAUGAAGUAAUGAUUAACAUUUCUGUGGUCACAUAAUGUGCAUAGAUAGAUAUGGUGUAACAAUUUACACUUUCUUUGUGCUCUGAAAAAGAAGAAAAAAAAAAAAACAAAAAAAAAACUGUGUAACUGUAAAACCUUGAACAAAAUUAUUUUACCUGAAUUAGAUUUUAUCUUAAAGUAGGUAGAAUUUUUUUGCUAUGCUGUAUCUUGUUGUAUAUUCUGGUAUUUGAGGUGAGAUGGCUGCUCUUUUAUUAAUGAGACGUGGGUGAUGUCUCAACAGAGACUAAAAUGAACAUUUCAGAAUAAAUUAUUACUAUAUGUAA